UUAAUGAGCAGUCUGAAUGUUCACUUUACUUUCCCAUUGCGACUACAACACAACCCUGUAAUCAGGGAGAGAGACGGGCAGAUAGCGAGAGGGGGAAGAGGAGAGGAGGGGAUCGGGUUUCUCAGACGCUCUGUACCCUAAUCCUGGAUUUGGAAACGGGAUGAGGAGAACGCAGAGUCUUGACUAAGGAUGAAGAUGUGCCUAAAACUGUGAAGAGUUCUGGCUGGUGCAGACAAAAAAAAAAAAAGGUAACCUAUCACAGUUUUUUACCUGUAUAUUCCUGAGUGACUUAAGUGAGAACUAUGUUUGACUGAGCCAGAGAGAAAAGAAGAUGAUAUAAGAGGAUAAGAGGUGACAGAGGACAAGACGCAGCAAGAUAAAAGACCAGACAGAACAAGAGAAGGCAAGACAAAGUAAAACAAAACAAAACAAGACACGACAAAGGAAGGCAAAGAAACAGAUUUCAAGAAGACAAGACACAGGACAAGGAUCCAGAUCCAAACAAAGCAACACAGGAGAGCAAGCCCAAGAAUCGAAAAGCAAUUAAGGGAUCACCUGAAAUUUACCAUUGGGACCAUUCAAAAAGAGCCCAGGGAAGAAUGGCAUGCCAGGCAUUCAGUACCGACUCUUUCACCCCACUUGCGGUAGACUCACCCUUGCCAAUCCUUAUGCACCAUGCCUCUACCACUGACUGCCUGCCAACCACCUCCCAUGCUCACAGUAUGGUUUCUCCGGUAUCAUCUGGGCUGUCCCUGGGCCAGUCCUCCAAGCGCUCCCACAUGCAUCUAUCCACCUCAUCCCUGGGCAACGCCCUUGGCAAUGGCCCGCCGAGUCUACAUUACCCAGUCACCCCCUGUCACUACAGCAACCAGCAAGCUACGUAUGGCAUGAUGGCAGCUCAGGAGAUGCUCUCUGCCAGUAUUUCACAGACUCGUAUCCUGCAGACAUGUGGUGUUCCUCACCCUAACAUGGUGAGCGGUGCAAACCCAUUGCAAGGGUCUCUCACUCCUUGCUUGUACAAGUUUCCAGAUCACGGUCUAAGUAGUGGUUCCUGUGCAUUAAGCCAUGGUUUCUCCUCACUACCCUCUGCCUUCCUUACAACUGAUGAGGCCCCUGGGGGCCCCGGUGUUGGAGAAAUGAAAACCGACGCCCAAAGAAAGAGCAUAGGGGACCCAGAUGAUGCCCCUGCUAUGGACUCCCCACAGAUACGAGAGCUGGAGAUGUUUGCCAAUGAUUUUAAAAUACGAAGGAUCAAACUUGGCUACACGCAAACGAAUGUAGGCGAGGCUCUCGCCGCAGUGCACGGCUCAGAGUUCAGCCAGACCACGAUCUGCCGCUUUGAAAAUCUGCAGCUGAGCUUUAAGAACGCCUGCAAGCUCAAGGCCAUCCUCGCUAAGUGGCUUGAUGAAGCAGAGCUGGCUGGAGCCUUGUACAAUGAUAAAAUGGGAAUGAAUGAGCGGAAGAGGAAAAGGAGAACAACUAUUAGUCUAGGAGCUAAGGAGGCUCUGGAACACAGCUUUGUAGAAAAAACUAAGCCAUCCUCCCAGGAAAUAGCCCGAAUAGCCAAAGGCCUCCAUCUGGAGAAGGAGGUUGUCAGAGUGUGGUUCUGCAACAGACGCCAAAGAGAGAAACGAGUCAAAACCAGCCUCAACCUCAGCACCUGUUUGUCCAAAAUCAGUCCAAACUGCAUUGCACAGAUGAGCAAACCACAGAGACCACUGACGUAAUUGUAAGGGUCAGCAAGAGAGCAUCCAUUCACCUCUAGCCUGAUUGAGGCUCUUUCAUGACUACAGCCAGUGAAAAUGUAUUAUUCUUUUCUUUUU